CCGGUGCAGUAGCCAUUUCUCUUGCCUGCACAAUACCUCGGUCGCCGGAGGAGCUCGGAGCAGUGAAGACAGAGCCCCGAAGCUCUCUUCCCCCCUCCUUCCCCCUCUCUUUGAGCUCACUGUGCUGUUUCCGAUGCCGGCUUCUCCUUCUUUCCCUUCAGGGACUGGGACUAGGGGCAACCGGUGGAAGAGGCGGAAGCGGGACGCCCAAGCUCAAGGCGCCAAUCGCCGGCCCAAGGACGACGAUGAGGAGGAAGAAGACGAGGAGGACGAGCUCGUCGAUCGUGAAGAUGAGGCUGCCGGGGAGGACCCGCAUCCCAACACGCCGGAUCCGAACCCUAGGGAGACGGAGGUCCUGUCGGAGGGAGGUGUCCGCAUCUGCAACUUCCCUACGGUUGUGAAACGCACUGUGAACCGCCCGCACUCCUCGGUGCUAGUGGCAGCGGCAGCUGAGAGAGCUGCUUUGGUUGGGGAGAUCAGGGUUGGGACUGGGGUGGUCCUGGAGAAUAUAUCGUAUGGUCAGUUGCAGGCAUUAUCGGCUGUUCCUGCAGAUAGUCCCGCUCUGGUGGAGGGCGAGGGUCCGGCGUCAUUCGUGGCGCUACCGCCGAAGCUGAUGGAAGGGAGAGGUGUCGUGAAGCGGUAUGGCAAUCGGGUUCAUGUUGUUCCAAUGCACUCAGAUUGGUUUUCACCUGCUACGGUGCAUCGGUUGGAGAGACAAGUGGUGCCACAUUUUUUCUCUGGCAAAUCAACAGAUCACACACCAGAAAAGUUCAUGGAAUAUAGGAAUUACAUAGUCGCCAGAUACAUGGAAAAUCCAGAUAAGAGGCUUACAAUUUCCGAUUGCCAGGGAUUGGUGGGUGCUAUCCAGUAUGAGGAUCUGACUAGAAUUGUACGGUUUCUUGAUCACUGGGGCAUCAUCAAUUACUGUGCUGCUGCUCCAGCUCCUGAGCCUUCUUUUGAUGUGUCUUAUUUAAAGGAGGAUACACAGGGCGAGAUUGUUGUGCCAUCAGUUGCUUUAAAGUCAAUUGAUAGUUUGAUCAGAUUUGAUAAGCCCAGAUGUAGGCUCAAGGCAGCAGAUGUUUAUUCACCAUCAUCACCUAAAGAUGAUAGUAUCGCGGACUUGGACAGCAGAAUCCGUGAACGACUAUCUGGAAAUCAUUGCAAUCAUUGCUUUCGUCCUCUGCUGGCUGUGUAUUAUCAGUCACUGAAGGAGGUUGAUGUGUACCUAUGUAGUGAUUGCUUCCAGGAAGGUAGAUUCGUUAUUGGUCAUUCAAGCAUUGAUUUUACAAGAAUCGAUUCAGCGAAGGGGUAUCACGAUCUAGAUGGGGAAAGUUGGACAGAUCAGGAAACACUGUUACUGCUUGAGGCAAUGGAACUAUAUAAUGAGAAUUGGAAUGAAAUUGCUGAGCAUGUUGGUACAAAAUCAAAAGCGCAGUGUAUCCUUCAUUUCCUAAGAUUGCCCAUGGAGGAUGGUCUAUUAGAGAAUAUUGAAGUUUCAGGGGUCAACCCGCCCUCUGAUCUAUCAAAUGGAGGUGAUCACAAAUCUUCCUAUUCAACCUCAAAUGGCAGUGCAGAAGGAUCCCAUCGGCAAGAUGAUGACUCCGAGAACAGGCUCCCGUUUGCCAACUCUGGGAACCCGGUUAUGGCACUGGUUGCAUUUCUGGCCUCUGCCAUAGCGCCGAGAGUUGCUGCAGCCUGUGCUCAUGCAGCCUUGGCCGCAUUGUCAGCGGAAAAUGGUUUGGUGGAAUCUGGAAGCAUUGUACAGGUGGAAGGGAUGGCACAAGGUCAUAGUAUGAAUUCAGAGACGGUUGUUGUUGGGGACUCAGUUCAGCAGAAAGGGGGUUCAAACGAAGCACCUGCUACCCCUAUAUCUGUGGAAAAGGUUAAAGCUGCUGCAAGGGUUGGUCUUGCUGCUGCUGCAACAAAGGCAAAAUUGUUUGCAGAUCAUGAGGAACGGGAAAUUCAGAGAUUGUCGGCAAAUAUAAUAAACCAGCAGCUGAAGAGAUUGGAACUUAAACUGAAGCAAUUCGCAGAAGUCGAAACUUUACUAAUGAGAGAGUGCGAGCAGGUGGAGAAGGCGAGGCACAGAUUAGCCUCUGACCGCGCACGCGUAAUAUCAUCACGAUUCGGCCCAGCAGGAUCCACCAGCUCUCUCGGGCCUGGUAUGUCUCCCUCUCCUAACCCCCGAAGCCCCAUUAUGUCUGGUCCGCCCUCGCAGCCUGGGAUCUCAGGUUAUGGCCAACAGAUGGGCCAGCAGUCCCAGUCCCCCAUGCCCUUCAUGCCGCGCCAGCAGAUGGGCUUCUCGCUAGGGCCAAGGCUGCCCCUCUCUGCGAUUAAUGCAUCCUCAUCCUCGUCUCCAUCCUCAAACCCGAUGUUCAAUGCUCCGGUGAACAAUGCCCAGCCCACUGUCCUCAAUCACCCAAUGCUGAGAUCCGCAUCAAGCGCGGGCUCUAAUUUAGGUUGAAACCCAAUCAAGAUGUGUAAUUUGGAUAGUGAUUUCUUUCUUAGAUUAAAAUCAUUGUGAAAAGGGAUUUCAUAUUUACCAAUGCUCUUAUGGAAGGAAAGAUGAGAAAACAAACUGAUUUAUGAGUUA